AGAAAGAAGGAGGCGGCGGCGGAGCCUUCCCCAGCAGAUAGUGGAGCACAGCCGACCCCAGCAGCACCUCUAGCAACACCGGGGACCACGCUAUACGGUGCCUUCGAUGGUCCCCCGUCUUUGCUUGGGGUCCACAGUCAUUCCUUUGCUAUGCCAAUU